CGAGUCCGCCCGUCCGCCGCUCGUCGCUCCGUUCGCGUCGUUCGCGUGUGUGCGUGUACCGUCGCGGCGUGAUUCGUCUUCGUCGUCCCCGUUCGUCCACGCGUCGAGGUUACGGUCUCUGCGAUCGUUGGACCUCGUCCGACACGAUUUCUGCUCCGUCGUCCCUUCUCCGACUACAGCGAUCGCCAAGACGACCACGACGACACGGACGACGAUGGCGGAGGAACGCUGGUCUUCGGAAACGGUCGUCGAUCUCCUGGCUGCUAGACGCCGAGGUUCCGACGUCUCCUGGGCUUCUCGCGCCAUGGAUCCGUUGUCGCCGCACCAGCUUCCGCCGGAGUCCAGGUAUUCCCGCGACGAGAUCCUGCGAACCGUUUUGAACGACCCGAAGGUUCGCUCCGCGAUCUCGUCCUUGGCUGCCGCCCGCCGAGUCGACGUCCAGACCGUUCUCCACGAGGCUCGUGCCAUCGUCCACGAGAUGGCCGGCAAGGCCCGCUUGGCUACCGUUCGUUGGAUAGGUGUUCUCGUUUCCAAGGCUCUCAAGAGGAUUUUCGUCAGCGUUUACGUCAACGAGACUGCCGUCUUCCGGAUCAAGAGGCAGAUGCGCCUCUCUCAGGUCCAGUACGUUUACGCGCCUACCCACAGGAGCUACUUGGACUUUGUCUUGAUGUCCUACCUUCUCUUCUCUUACGACAUGGCGCUUCCCAACGUUGCCAGUGGUAUGGACUUCUAUCGGAUGUGCGUCGUCGGAGAGUUGUUGAGGCACACCGGAGCUUUUUACAUGAGACGCAGUUUCUCUUCCGACUUGUUGUACAAGAGCGUAUUCGCGUCCUACGUCGCCGCUCUGGUUCGCCACAGCGACAGAGCGAUAGAGUUUUUCAUCGAGGGUACCAGGAGCAGGAGUCUCAAGAGUCUCUCGCCCAAGUUCGGUCUUCUGUCCACCGUUUUGGACGUUUUGCUCGAAGGCGGCGUUCCCGACGUCUACGUCGUACCCGUCGCUCUCAAUUACGAGCGACCGCCGGAGGAGUUGUUGUUCGCCUACGAGUUGCUGGGAGUCCCGAAACCUACCGAGACCACUGCCGGCCUCUUUCGCUCGCUGUCCAUUCUCCGCGAACCGUCUGCUUACGGCAGCGUCGUCGUCAACGUCGGUGAACCUCUCUCUGCGUGCCGAUUCCUCACAGUGCGACGUCGCAGAGAGAGCGUCCUCUCGCCCGGCGCGAGAUUACCCGCGUCCGUUACCGAGAGAUUCGCUUACGCCAUAGUCGAUUCGCACAAGAGGAACACGAUACUCGUGCCUUUUAAUUUGAUCGCUUUGUUGUUCAACGAGAGGAGCCAGACGUGUCCGCACCACCCGUAUACCGGCACCGACCGCUUGAUCUCCGACUAUCUCUGGUGCGAACGACUCUUGCGAGUUUUCGGCGCCACGGUUCGUCCGCGUUCCGCCGAGUCGCGCGACCACCCGUCGACCGAGACGUUGCUCCGGCGUGCUUUGCGGCCUCACCAGGAAUUGAUCGCUUUCGACGCGUCCCACGCGUUGAGACUCAGAGAGAGGCAUCGAACCACCGGCGGCGCCACGGCCGUCGCUCGUGUCAAGGGGCACGCUUUGUCGGAGACCACUAUGAGGAUAGCUGUACCCGUUCUCAACCUUUCCAUUUAUUUGAAUCCGACGUUGGCGUUCUUGAUGGAACCAGCCGUCCUAGCUGUGGCGAUAGGGAACGACGACCACGACGUUCCACUUGGGAUCGCGUUCGAACGAUACGUCUUCUUGAGGACUCUGCUCAGCACGGAAUUCGCGAUGCCUUUCCCGACCACGACGGACGACGAGUCCGGGAUCAGAGCCGAAUGGGAACGAGUCUUCCGUUUGUUGUCCGAACGAGACUGUAUAAGCGUUCGAGACGGUGCGUACGUACGAAGGAAAGAUUUCAAAGUGUUUUCUCUGCUCUGCCACGUACUGCUGCCCUUCGUAGAUGCGAUAUAUGUUACGUGUCUCGCGUUGUUCGAGUGGGACGAGACUGACGACGAGAUGAUGACCACGGAAACGAUUUUGGUGCGAGUACAGAGACGAAUGGAGAGAUUGUUCCUCGAAGGACGCGGCGGCGGCGGCGGCGACGACGACUGGGGACGACACCCUUACUCCUUGUCGCUCGAUCUGAUCCGUACGACGAUGUCGAAUCUUACGAAACAAGGUGUUUUAGCGCCGUGUGAGAACCGACAGCGACGCCACGUUUAUCGAGCUGACAAAGUUGGAUUGGCUUCGAUCGUUGGACGAUUGCGAGAUUUACCGUUGCAACGUCCGGUGGGUUUGUAUCUCGAGGCUGUGUUGUUACCCGCGUCGUUACCUGCGUCGUCGUUGGUAUCGGCUAAAUUGUGAGCAGAACAGGAAGGGAGAAGGAGAUAAAGAGAGAGAGAUGUGUGUGUACGGCGACGCGUCGAGACGUUCGACUCGGGUCCGAGAAUUGUUUUGCGGCUCUGUGAAGACUUUCGGAUGCGGACCUCGGAGUGUCGUACGUAGUUGCGCCUCGAUUGACCUUCUUUCGACGAUUCCGUUUACGGCCAUCUGGUGGUAGUGGUUGUCGAUGAGAGACUACUGUGUAGACCUCGAAGAAACGUCGUCGCGUCGUCGUCGUCGAAUUUACUCGUGCUCGAUCUCUUCCUUCUGCCUAUGAGGAACGUACCGCCCGUGGUGGUGGCUGGCGUAGGGUUGUUCAUGUUUCUGAACAGAAGCUGGAGAAACGGAUUGUUACUGCGUGAAUCGUUCGAGUGUCGAAUUUCGUUCGUCGCGUAGGGACUGAACGCGGAUCGUCGAGUCGGUUCUUACCAUCACUAGUCUGACGAGAUACACGGCGAACGUUAGGAACGAGAUGGCCAUGAGAGCACCUUCUGUGGAAGGAAAUCCUGUCGCGUUUUCGUGAUCGUGACCGUGAUCGUAACCGUGGUGUUCGGCGGCACCUCUCUUUUGCCGAACGAUCGUCGUCACCUUCGUGAUCCGAGAUUCUGAAAAUUUUUUUUUUUUUUUUUUCUCUGUGCACUACGCGUGUUACGUACUGACUGAUCCUCCGAUUGUUUGAUUCGGGUCCUCUUUACCUAUUUCACCGAUCAACGUGUUCUCGAAUGUUUUUAAAAAUUCGAUUUUUCCUCUGCUCGAUGUGGACUUGUGCGAUUCCAUUAAAGUACGGUGAACGCUCUUCAGAAGCUCCACUGGCAGAUGUUUGAAGAGAUCUGUGUCGUUCGAGGUGAAGGAGGACGGCUGGUCGAUGCAUUGUUCGUUCUCUGGCGCGUUCUGAAACGAUGUGCGAGGAUCGAGAACCGUCGGAUGUCUGUUCGAUGGAAUCGGUCGUCUCGGAUAUAGCGGUUACCUCGAUCGUCGAAGGAAUCGUUGUUUCGAUUUUGCGGCGACUACUUUCCGUGGUGGUGGUGGUGGUGGUGGCGUUGUUGAUGGUGACGGUGGUGGUUUUGUUCGGUUCCAACCAGAUACUGUUCUUUCGUCCGUCGUCGUUCGGAUGUUCCGCUGUCGUUCGAGUUUCGUCGCGCGCGUGCAUGAAUGCGUCCGCCGUGUUCUUCUCGGCGAAUUUAUAAAAGUGAUCUUCUUUCGCGUUGGCCGUUCUGCGAAUAAAGAGUAUGACGUUGUCGCGUUACGAGCUUGUGACGUGCCACCCGGCGGCGGCGGCGGCGGCGGCGGUAGAUCCGCGAUUUGGAUCGGUGUUCGUGCGUGCUUCGUUUUUUACUUGUGUGCGUACCUGUAUAUUUUUUUAUCGUCCGAAAAUUCGGGCAUGUCUAUCCAUUCUGCUGAACUGCGAUGAUUCGAUGAUAAUGUUUGAAGUAAUAGCAAAGUGAUCGUUGUCCUCAUUUUACUUCCGGAAUCGCGGAUUGCGCACGGCUUGUACGUGGUGACGCGUGUGUGCGGUCGACGAGGUGAAACAGCCACUCGUGUUUCGUACGAUUCUAAAUGUACCGUACCACCGAUGACUCGUGUACUCCACGUAUACGUCCGAAGGAGAGAUACCGGGUUUCGCCGGCGAGUACUCGGGCAACGACGGCGACGGCGGCGGCGAUUGCACCGCGAACACUGACCGAACGGUGAUGAAAUUAUGUGGGGUAUCCGAGUGUCGCGAGGACCAGGAUGUUAUUAUUUCGAGUACGAGUGCUGUUAGGACGUUAACGAGGACGGAGAACGCGCGUGACGACGUGCGAAUGAACGUAGGAUCGGACGUUUUGAUACGCGAAAGGAAGCGAUGCGUGUUGUAGAAAGACGUCACACUGUUUGCUUCGGCAUUUAUUUAUUUGUAUCUCCGUCGUGAGUACACUGUCGUAACAUUGUUAAUGUUUUAUAUGAAAAUUUGUUAGUUCUGUUUUACUUGCCUGUUACUUACUCGAUUCGAUUUGUUAUUACUGUCUUUUAAGUACUGUUUGUUUGUUAACUGCCUGUAACUACGAAUAAUAUUACAAACUUAUAGUUUAAACGAAUUACAUUGUUGAUGCAUUUUAUAAAAUUCAAUACUUUUAUAAAACUUGACGAUGAAUAUCCGUCAACUCGUUAUGAUGAAUCGGUAAUAUGUACAAACGAUCGACGAUUUGUAUGUGUGAUCGUGCCGUUAAUGGAUAGCGAUACGCGUACGAGAGGGCAUUCUACUUUCGAACGUCGUUUCCUAAACGAUUUUCGUGGUAAUCGUUCGUUGUUUGAAAUAAUCAUUCGACUCUUUGCGUUACGUUCCGACGCCUGUGUUCCUCCGCUGCGACGUACAUGUACGAGUAAUUAAAAGUGUUUCCGUCUUUGUUGCGACGAAGGUGUGAGACGUACGGUACGGUACGCUUGUUCGAGUUUCAUUUCAUCUUCGAUAUUAGCGUUUUUCGAACGUUUGUUUCGCGUUUCCUGUCGCCUCUCUCUCUCUGUCCGACGUUGCUUGUUACACGUCGCGCGUGACGAGUACAAAUGUUGCAAAAACGUAAUAGAAAAAUAAUAGUCGAGUAUUUGUGGAGUGUUUCAGUUGUUGGUGCUGUGUGCGAAAAUGCGAACACUGUGUGUGAACCACCGUCCGUGUGAUCCAUCGUCGUUGAUCCUACUAAUUAUGCGUUUACCGACGAUGAGAGGAAGCACGACGGACGUGAAAGGAAUGAACGUGUGUGAACUGUGAGAUGCGUCGAAUCGAUCGGCGGUGUCUUCGUCACACCUUUCUGAUUCUGCACCCUUUGAAUGGAAUGUGUUGCUACCGCUGCUGCGUAUCGAUCGUCGUCGAGCAGAGAAUGAAUGAAUUUCGGUCGUUGUUGCUGUUUCUAAUGCAAAACGCUAAUCGCGCCUGGGUAGUAGUACUACCGAUUUCCCUGUCUUUACGGUCGAUGAUAAUUGUUACUGAUCGAGGAGAACGUUUAAGAAGAGUUCGAAUUCGAUUAAAGAGAAGCGAGCGUCUUGCUCCUUCGAGGAAUUUGACGCGUGCGAUACGACGCGAUACGAAACGUCGAAGCUUCUAUCGCUUACGAGUUUAAUAGACGCUUUGAAGAAAAGUCACCGAGUGAGUACGGUUAGUUGGCUAUUACUGCAGGCUGUGCGUACAGGAUAACUUUGCAUAUACUUCUACGAAUGUUAAUUUAAUUUCUGAAGAGUUAAAAAGUUCGUACGCGAUAA